AUGUUUAGAUCUUCUAUUUUGAGGGCGACUUCCAGAGUUCUUAUUAGAAACGCGACCCGGCUAAAUGUGGUUAGUUUUGGCGUUCGUCAGAAGUCUACGGAUGCCGCAGAAACGAUGUCAAAUAUCCAGUCUCAGCUGCCCCCAGUCGACGAGAUAGCCAACUCGGCCUCAACUGCUGUAGAACAAGCAGCGCAGAGCGUGGGGGAGCUUUCCAACCAUGUCGGAUACUUGAACAGUAUUGGAUUGGCACAAUCGUGGCACUGGCCCGCUGACAUCAUCCAACAUACUUUGGAGUACGUCCAUGUUUAUACAGGGUUACCUUGGUGGGGAACGAUCUGCACAGUCACCCUCCUAGUUAGGUUGCUUAUGUUCCCCUUGUACGUCAAAUCCUCUGACACCAUAUCUAGAAACUCGAAGAUUAAGCCGCAGAUGGACGCAAUAAACAAAGAGUUAAUGGCGACGACAGAUUUGGCCGAGGGCCAGGGUAUUGCAAUGAGGAGAAGACAACUUCUAAGUUCCAACGGGGUUAAAAACAGAUGGCUUGUGGCACCAAUGUUACAGCUUCCUGUAGCUAUCGGGUUUUUCAACGCGAUUAGAGCAAUGGCUAACCACCCCGUGGAUGGAUUCGUUAACCAGGGCGCCGCUUGGUUCUCCGACCUUACGUUACCUGAUCCUUACCUAGGCCUUCAAAUUAUCACAGCUGCGGUAUUAAUGUCGUUUACUCGGCUCGGAGGUGAGACUGGCGCUCAGCAAUUUAGUGGUCCCAUGAAGCGAUUCUUCAUUAUUUUACCAUUGGUAUCUAUUCCGGCCACUAUGAAACUAUCGGCUGGUGUUGUGCUAUAUUUUGCGGUGAACGGUACUUUUUCAGUAUUCCAGACGUUAAUACUUAGAAACAAGUGGGUUAGAAAACAAUUGAAGAUUGCAGAUGUUGUGUAUCAUCCGCCUGCUCCCGGCUCCGAAAACAAGGGAAUUUUUGCUUCUUUGAAGGAUAAUAUGGCCAAAUCGAGGGAACGUUCGGAGAAGAGGCAACUAAUGAAGGAAGAGGAACGCAGGCUACAAGAAUCGAUCAGAGAAAAGAAAAACCACGCCAGAAUCAAAAUUGUAAAGAGAUCUGACUUCAAAAAUUGA